AUCAAAAAGCCAUUCACACAGAACAGAAGCCAACUUUUGAAAAAAGGUUGUUUACAUUUCCACAGGUUAAAUUUAACUGUUAUUUAGCCAAUAUGGACGUUUUAAGAAAACAUCUCGAGUCCUGUUUAGAUGUACUAAAUAGAGGAGCAAAAAGCACAAGUGUAAACUGGUUAAAUGAUUUAUGUGCCGCUUUAUUGGAGUUUUCCACGUUGGUCCACAGCUCUUUGAGCUCACACAAGCAGAUCGAAUCCGCCGAAAUGGUGUGCCUGUGCUUGAGCCAGAUCAUGAUCUGUAUCCGUCAGGUGGAGAGCACUAUGAAGCUUGGAAGCGGCGCCUCUGUUAUGGCCAGCCAUCAGUAUUUCUUGGAUCGCAUUAGGUGGUGCCUCAAACGCCUGAUGCAUCUGUGCACACCUGGCACGGUGACUGGAGUCCCAGAGCGCUCCUUUCUCAAGCUGGUGGACGCGGUCUUGGACACCUUGACCGUCUUUACUUCGCACAAUGAGGACAACACUGAUGCCUCACACGGUUUGCCGUCUCCCGAAGAAAUCCUGUCCCUCGGCAACGAGAUGCGCCUUUAUAUCAAUGUGAUCUUGGGCCAAUCUCUGGGAUUUGCAAAUGUGGCCCUGUCGCAGGACAAAAGAGCUCUUAGUGCGCUUUGCCAAAAGGUAAUCCGGGAGUGCAAUGCCUUCCAAAGCGAGUGCAAGGUGCCCAGUGCUCCCUCCUUUCAGUCCAAUCUUAAACUCAAGGCCAUGACUCUGGAGCAGGCACUGUAUCAAUUGGAGGACUUUAUUAACGAUGCCUUGCUACGGCUGGUGUUCACCUGCUUUCUGGACUUUGAGAAGUUUUCAGUGGACAAAAUACGCACCGUGCUGGGCAACAGCUCCGAAGAUGAUGCGGUGGCCGAUGAGUUAAUUGCUGACUUUGAUGUGAACAUAGAUCGUGCCACUCAGAUUGGUAUAUUUGCUAUUGCCUUUGCUCCGAAUCUGAAAAUGAAAACUAUGAUACGAAGCUGCCUUGCCUCCUUUGAGUCGCUGGACACCAGCCUGAUACCGUCUUUACAGGCCAACGGCUCCGAUUUGCACUCUGACAUUCUGGAGCAGCACUUUAAUGAGGAGGUAUCCAAAUUUAAGACUGCCCUUCAAGAAAUCAUCGACAGCCGCGCCCUCCUUGGCUGCUAUCUGGACCUUCUAUCCGCAGGUAUAUCCUCGAACGAAAAGGUGUACAAUAAGGAGAGAUUGCAAGACUUGGCUCAGAUGUCUCUGCUGCUGCUCGAGCACUUUCACCUGGUGACCAACCGAAAGGUACUCACCGAAACGAAGGACAAGGUGGGUGAGGAGUACCUGCAUCAGUUUGUCCGCAUAUUGCGAGAAUGUAAGGCCAUUCUCAUGUGCGCAUCCCAGGUGGAGCCGCAGCGUAUUAUCAAGCGCUUCAAGAUCCUGCGCACGAUCUUGCGCAAGUUGCACGGUUGCAUCGGAAUAGGGAAGCGCGAUGAAGACAAACCUCCGCACCAAAUGGGAAAGCACGUGUCCGAGGAUGCGAUAGAUGGACAAGAGACUGAUGCUAAUCUAGAUAACUUUACGGGCCUAACGACGGGCCAAAGCAGCAUUCUCUACGAAACGGAGCGUAGAAGUCGAGUGAUUAGAAGCCAGAACACCAAACCGACUACAGAAGCCAUGAAAACUAAGCCUGGUUUACUAAGAAAGGAAAGCUUGCGGACCGUCAUGUUUAAGCGUCAAAAUAUAGCUGAGAGCAGAAAGCUCUAUAACUCGAUCUGCAACCAGUCAGCAGAUCUGGAAAUCACAGAUAUACUCGACCAACUUACAGGAAUGUCCAAUGGCUACUUUGAAUGCUGAAACCCACUAGUUACUAUUAACUUUUGUAAAAUUAAGAUACGCAGGACUGGAAUUCAAAAUUAACGUUCAUCCCUGACGGAGUGUCAUAGGUCAGUCACAUAUAUACGUUAUAUCGACAUACAUACCGACACGUAUGUAUGGUUAAAAGGUGGUUGAAAGUCCUUUAUGUCCCAAAACAGUUUUGACUGCUGUAAAAGUAUAGAAAUAAGGUCAAUAAAAUACUUAGUAUCAAGUACAUCGGAAGCUCAUCCUUGACAUUUGCGGAAUAUGUGAAGCUGUGGAUUUAAUCGCCAUCGAUUUUCCGCGACAAACACACAAACAGGACUCGUUGACAGUCAACAGAUACACACGGCCAUCGCUUGUGUUUGGCAA